AUGGUAACAUCUGGCUCUGGGUCUUCUUCACAAUCUAAUAGAGGUAGGACUGAUAUAACAUGGGCACAUGUUAUUGAGGGUGUAGAUCCAAAUGGAAAGAAGACAUUAAGAUGUCUUCACCGUGGGAAAGUGACUAGAGGAGGAGGUAUUUUUAGAAUGAAACAACAUCUAGCUGGAACAAAGGGGGAUGUUGGUGCUUGUAAAAAAGUUCCUUUUGAUGUUCAAUACUCCAUGAGAGAAUCACUAAAAGACAUUGGGAAAAAGAAUAAAGAGAAGGCUGAUUCUAGUAAGUAUAAUACUCCCUACGGUGCUCCCGUACAUGUAUUUGAGGGAGAUAUGUUAAAUGAAGAUAGUGAAGAGUUUCGUCCAUCAGGAAUUCACAUAAAUGAAGGUAGGUUUGGUAGUCAAAAACAAAGUACAAUGCUAGACAAAUCAAAGAGAAACAAAUCUAUUGGGGUUGGUGACUAUUUUGCUCUAAGGACAAUUGGUGGAUCUCAACCAUCAAUUAGGAGUUGUUUAGCUGGAAAAGAUGCGACGUGGAGAGCAGACAUGACUUUUGGAAGAUUCUUUUAUAAUGCUUGCAUCCCAAUUAAUGCUGUAAAUUCAAUUUAUCUUCAGCCUUUGGUGGAUGCUAUAGCCGCAAUUGGGCCUAGGUAUAAACACCCAAAUUAUCAUGCUUUGCGUGUCAAUUUGUUAAGAGAUGCUAAGAAUGAAGUGCAACUUCUUGUUGAUAGUUAUAGAAAGAUUUGGAAAAAUGUUGGAUGUACCUUAAUGGCUGAUGGUUGGACUGAUAAUUCACAUAGAUCAUUGAUCAAUUUUAUGGUGUAUUGUCCUAAGGGAGUUUGUUUUGUGAAAUCAGUUGAUGUUUCAUAUGUUGUGAAGGAUGCUGGGACAUUGUUGAAGAUGUUUGAGGAGGUAGCUUUAUGGAUUGGACCAAAUAGUAUUGUCCAUUUUGUCUCAGACAAUGGAUCCAAUUAUAAAGCUGCUAGAAGAAUGUUGUCUGAGAAAUAUCCGAGUAUUACUUGGUCACCCUGUGCAGCACAUAGCAUAAAUUUGGUGUUAAAAGACAUAGCUGAGAUGGAUCACAUAGUUUAUCUUGCGAGACGUGCUUCUGAAGUGACGAAGUUUAUAUAUAAUCAUACAUUUUUGAUAGCAUGGUUGAGGAAAAGACAGGGUUGGAAAGAAAUUGUUCGUCCGGGUGCAACCUGUUUUGCUACAACUUUCAUUGCAAUGAGAAGCAUUCAUGAGCACAAACAUGACUUGCAAGCCAUGGUGACAGAUAGGUCAUUUGUCGAUUCUCGAUAUGCAAAAAGUAAUAAAGGCAAAUAUGUUAUUGACAUAAUUUUGGAUAACGAUUUUUAA